AUGGCGCGCUGGUGCGUGGUGGGGCUGCAGGGCGCGCUGCUGACGCGCCUGCUGCGCCCCGUCUACCUGCACGCGCUGGUGCUGGGCUCGCUGCUGCAUCCCCAACAUCUCUACAGAGCAAUAGGCGGCCUACUACUACUACUACAUCUCAUCUCUUCCCCCCUCGUUCCGGCUGCAAAGACCGAUGCUGGCGCGCGCUUCUAG